AUGAGGGAAAUGAUAGAGCUUGGCCAGCAAGGUUCUAAUAACACCAAAGAAACCGAAGAGGGCUGGCAAAAAGUGAAAACAAGAACGCGCAAGUUCGUUGUCGGACUUGAUGAGGAUGUUGCGGGUGUACGAGCUGAACCCAAACUGCAUUUUACCAGACUACAACCUCAUACUAAACCAGAAGAUCCGGUGAAUCUACUAAAACCUAGAUUUUCUGAGGUCAAGUGUGAAAUACACCCUUCAAGAUUUCCAGAUUCCUACACAUAUAUGAAAGUGACAAUGAGUCAAGACAAUUUUAAGAGGCAUGAAAAUGAGAGACAUAGCCUAAUAGAGCCCUGA